AUGUCCCCUGUGCUGUCCGUGUCCCUUUCCCAGCUCUGCUCCCUGCCCGGCCGGGCUCUGUGCCAGCGUGUUUUGGGGCCAGCGUGCCUCCGGCGUGGCUACCGUGGCGACUCCCCGACGGAUUCGGGCAAGGAUUUGCUGGAGAUCCCUUUGCCCCCCUGGCAGGAGCGUCCUGACGAGCCGCUGGAGACCAAGAGAGCCCGGCUGCUCUACGAGAGCAGGAAAAGGGGGAUGCUGGAGAACUGCAUCCUGCUCAGCCUCUUUGCCAAGGAGAACCUCCACCGCAUGAGCGAGCACCAGCUGAACCUCUACGACCGCCUCAUCAACGAGCCCAGCAACGACUGGGACAUCUAUUACUGGGCCACAGAAGCCAAGCCCACGCCGGCCGAGUUCGAGCACGACGUGAUGGCCAUGCUGAGGGAGUUCGCCAAGAACAAGAAGAAGGAGCAGAGGCUGCGCCAGCCGGACCUGGAGUACCUUUUUGAGCCACCCCCCUGAUUGAGGGGGGCCACCUUUUCCCUCCCCAUCCCCUGGAGGGGGCACGGGGCCCUGUAAAAACACUGCUGCUGCCUCCCUGUGCCUCUCCUCUUCCUCCUCCUCCAGCAGUGGCUUCCUCAGACUCUUGGGGGCAAGAGGAAUAAAGAGGUGGCUACAA